AUGUCUACGAAAAGCAUGAGAUGGCAAAAACCUGCCAGCCGGCAACGUCCCCGCCCGCACAGUGACGGGUCGCCCAAAGCCUUCAAGAUGGGCAAGAUGAUGCCAGACAACGUAGAACGAUCUGGCAAAAGACCCAGGUACGGUCGCGCCCAAGACGCAAGCUCUGGCAGCAACAGACAUUCGCUUUCUCCCCCAGCCGCUGGUGCCCAAGCCCAGAGAGAGACGGCCGACGACCUCAAUGAGUCACAGCCGGGUUCGAACGCUCCUAUGAUGUCUAUGUCGCCGCGAGCGGUCCCCGACAUGCCCGAGGGCAUGCAGGACAAAAGCAACAGUAUCCCGACGACGACAAUGUUGGACAUGGACUAUAAUAACCCUUUCCCUGAUUUGGACUACGACUUGGACCAGGAAUCGAUGCUGAGGUCACAGUUCAAUAUGUACAAACUCACCGCUCAGUGGCAGAAAGACCUAUCUGACAAUCCUUCCACGAAUCAGGAAUCUCUGGACUGGAUGCCCACCGACAGCGGCCAAGGGUAUUAUGGCAUUCCUUUCAUGAACUUCUCUGCCACCGAUGUGGAACCCAUCACACCCGGCACCUCACAGGUUCCUGACAUCAGCUCCCCUUCGAAGUCUACGCCAUCAGCAAAUGAUCGCUUCACAGCCCUGUUGAAUAUGUAUGAUCGAGUAUUUUGUAUUCACCCCGUCACCAUUGACCUUGAAGUGAACCCAUUUCGCUGCAGCAAGGACACUUCGCUCGGGUCGGCGCAUCUCUUGCAUGCCAUCCUGGCUCUUUCCGUCCAUCAUCUUGGACGGAUAACGGGAGAGAUGCAUCUGAGUAAAGAAGUGAUCACCCACAAAGAAAUGGCCACGGAGCUUUAUAAGAACGCCUUGAGAGGCCCGACGGUCUCUUCAAUGGGUCUCGCCUUGCUCGACACCGCCGUGAUCCUGUUCGCAUUAGAUGCCGCGCAGUCAGCAUUCGGAAAUUGGAAUAAGCAGCUAGAGCAGGUCCUUCGACUUACAGAAAUGUUUGGAGGUUGUGAAGCGCUGCGCCAGUCUUCACGAGUUCGAGCGCAGUUAGCAAUGUUUAUAUGGUGGGAUACGACUGUCUCCUUGCUUUCUCGCAUGCCACGGACAAUUCCAGCAUCAUAUUUCCACGUGCUUCGCGAAGAUGGCGAACAUGAUCCUUGGGACUUCUUCAGCCUGGUUGGAUGCCCUUCGACUUUGGUGGCAUACCUCACCGAGCUGAGCGACCUGGCCGCUGAACAGGAGAAGACCCGAAAGAUGACUUGGGCCAAAUUCGAUCCGUCAAGGGUCAUUGAGAUUCAGUGCGAAGUUAAGGCAUGGACGGACGAACGCUUUGUAAACAUCAGGGAGGAAGACGCAGACAAGAUGCAAUACAAACGCGAUUGUUAUCACUGCGCCGAGGCCUGGAAAUCCGCCAUUCUCCUCUACAUUGUUCAGGUGUUUCACCCAGGCGGUCCUCAGCGCGAAAAGCAGACGCUGUCCUACCUGUCACGGGUCACUCUGGAUCACGUCCGCUGUUGUCGCAAGACCAACACGGUCCAGAAGCAACUGCUGCUUCCCGUGUUCCUCGCAGGCUGUGAGGCUUCUGGGGCGGACUCUAGAAUGCAAGCGAAGGAUUAUUGCACUUGGUGGAACGAGAAGAGUGCAUACGGAAUGUUCUCCAGCGUGGCCGCCUUGUUAGAGCUGCUCUGGGCAAGGCAACUCAUCAAUGGAGACGAUAGUAUAUUCUGGGGCGACGUUAUCGACGAGAAGGUCACCAGUGCCUCAAAGGGCAAGAACGACAUACAAUGCUUACUGGGCUGA